GCGUACCGUGUCUAAUAUGCUAAUAUUCAGCAAGGGUUUCUUCAAUGCAACCGAAGGGAAUCGAAUCUAGACUUUACACUAAAUAAAUAUAAACUGAAUUUGCGUGAACUUCCGUGUGUAACCCUCAUUUUGAUCGGAACUUCCGGCAGUUCUCACCACGGUCUCCGCCCCUCCAUACACAAUACAAUGGGCGUUUCCAAACAAAAGACAGCAAAGGGCACUUCAAAAUGGGAGAGAGCUUCCAUGAACAGCUGCGAGUAGACAGCCGGUUCCUGAAAUCGGACCAACGUCUAGAUACAGAACUGGUGGAUAAACUCAUCCUGCAGCUCAACAGAAUCUACCUACAGAUCCUGACUGACAAGGAGGCCUCCAAGUUCAGGGAUUUGGAUGUGCCCACCUGUAUCAGGCUGGCGGAGCUGCUGUCUCAUCUACAGGACAAAGGAGAGGAGGCAUGUCGAGAGUUUUACCGUGCACUGCACCUCCACGUGGAGGACGUUUAUUUCAGCUUACCCACACGUCUCCGACUCAGAGAUUCUGGUGAACCAGUCGGCCCAAUCCCGAGUCCCACAGACAGAUAUGUAAUAAAUGACCAUAGUCCGUUUUUCUUCCUGAGUUGUUUCAGUGUGGCUGUAGGAGCAGCUCUGCUGUAUUACUAUGGUGAGUCCAAGCAGGUGUCAGGCUCCAGCAGCGCUCUGGGUCUGGCUGCGAUGGGUCUUAGUAGAAAAGUGCGGGACGUUCUCAUCUGGUACAUAGAAGAUGGAAAAUAAUGGAUUUUUUGCUGCCUUAAAAAAUAAUUUAGACACAGCAAUCAAUUCUGAAAUACUCAAUUACCCAUAUCAAAAAUAUCAAAAUUUUAAUUCAGGUUUUUAAAAAAAAAAAUGUACAUACUAUGUAAAUACAGAAAUUAUUGCUUUGAGGCAGAAUUUCAAAGAUUUAAUUGUAAGGAUUCAUGCCUAAAUAUAGAAUCUCGUUACAAUUUAAAUACAACAAUAUAAUGGUUUAUAUAAUUACUUAACAUCUGUAAUCAAACAUUACAAUCAUGCAUUUGAAAUAAUAGCCAUUUAUAUGCAGUACUAAGAGCAGGAACUCAUUACCUUUUAAGAAAUGUUGGGUAGGAACCAAACUCGCUACUUAGGCUAAAGUAUUCAGUUGAAGUUGAAACGCAGAGCUGCUCUGUUAAUGUUGCAACCCUUGUUUGUCAAAUUCACAACCAAUUCUGUUUGUGAAUUUGUUUUAUUGUACUUGAAAAAUAGACCUCAAACUCAUUUAUAUAUUAUUUAUAGUCAGUACCUUUCAAUUCUCACAGACUUGGGACUUAUUUGGGCAAGAGAUUAUUUUAGUAAAAUGUGGACACAAAAUUCACUACACCAUUUAGUGGAUUCAAAACUGGGUAAACUUGACAAAUCAAAUAGAUCAACGCGUCAGAAAAUUUUGACACGCAAGACAAUAAAGACCACAGUUAAAUCUGAACCUUGGAGUAUUAGGAGUUUGUUACUUUGUAAUACCUUUUUUGUGGGCUAAGAUUUCAACAGUUGUGUUUAUAUUGUUUGUUUACUUUUAUACUAGCAGCAUGUUUGUACUGGUUUGUGUACUAAUAAUUCAUAUUGUCAAUUUACUCUUGUGGCCUUGUUUCUGCAGUGCAAUUGUGUUUUGUAAAACCUAUUUGAAACUUUUGGCCUAGAAACUUUUCAGAUAAAUGGCACAUUCACAAUAGUUAACUGAGAAACUGUAUUUUUUUGUCAGAGGCUAAAAAAAAAAUAUUAGGUUAAAUAAAACUGUGGAACUGUUGCUAAUGUACUUGUACUAAUGUACUAAUGUUUUGAUUGUCUUGAUAUACCAGAGCAAACACUUGUGGACGAGUGGGAAAUGAUUGCUGACAAAUAGUUUUAUUGAUGUCAGAAUUAUUGUUUUGUCCUUAAAUGCAGCAGCUUUAGGUCUGAAGAAGACCAGUGUGCAAUAUUGUAUGUAAAAACAACUGUAAGUAGGUCUACUAUUUAUCUGUGCACUGAAAUAAUGA